AUAACCUGCUCACAUCCAUACCGCAGGAAGCACUCUCCGUUCUACCGAUGCUCGAAACCCUUUCAAUCAGUAACAACCGAUUGGAAACUGUCGCCGUUGCGGGUGAUGAGUUUUUAAGCCUAGGUCAUCUGCGAAGCUUAUCGCUUGGGAGUAAUUUUAUCAACUUGCUGCCUCCACACACAUUCGCCUCCCUAUGGGAGCUUAAGGUGCUUAACAUAAGUUCGAAUCGGCUCACCUCGUUCGAUGGAACAGCGCUGCCAUCCGACAGUCGGCUAGAAGUGUUCGAUUUAAGCUACAAUUAUAUCAAGCUGCUUAAUGGGUCCGUUUUCUAUUCGUUGAGCGUCCUGCGAGAGCUUUACCUCGGAGGAAAUCUAUUCGAAACGCUACCAGCCAACACGUUUGCCGUUCUCCGUAAGCUUCAACGACUCGAUUUGAGUGAUAAUUUUUUCAAAUCCCUCCCAUCAAAACUGUUCACCUCGAACAGGGAGCUGGUGGAGUUGAGCCUCGCAGAUAACCUACUCGAGCACCUGCCGGUGGACCUGUUUGCAGGAUUGCGGCAUCUUGAGCUGCUAAACUUACGAAACAAUCGGCUUACCAAACUGCCGGCAGAAACGUUACGCGAUCAACCACUGUUUACGCAGCUUUUGCUCGAGGGCAAUAGAAUUGCGAACUUCCAUUCGGGCUUUCUUAAAUCCUCCGACGUGCAGCUUCAAAACAAUCGUUUGCCGGCGCUGGGAAAGUGGUCCACCGGCUCAACCACGAACGCGACACUGGUACUGUGCCUAUACCUUUAUGGUAAUGAGAUUGCAACGAUCGAACCGAGUGUCUUCGAGGGCUUGCCGAAAUUGGAAACCAUUUACUUGGAUUAUAAUCGUAUCACGGAACUUUCGCCGAUGCUGUUCCACACGAACCACGCGCUGCAGCACGUGACGCUCUCCCACAACCGGCUGUCGGUGUUAAGGACGAACACCUUCUCCGGGCUGGAGCGUCUCCAUUCGGUUGACUUAUCCUACAACCAACUGAGCGCCCUCGAGCCAGCCAUUUUCCACCGUUCGCCGGUGGAGUAUUUAAAUCUAAACGGCAACCAACUGAAAACGCUCGACGAUUGGAUGCUUUCCGGCACGAAACUACUCUACCUGCAUGUGGACGCAAACGGAAUCAGUUCCCUCGAGCCGGCGGGGCUGGUGUUGGACGGAUUGUUAGAAUUAUCAGCCGCCAGCAAUCGUAUCGCUUCGUGGCAGGAGCUUUGUGCACGAAACUUUUCCCACCUGACAGCUCUCAACUUGGCGAACAAUUCGCUCCCAUCGAUGGAUUGUUUGGAGCGGUUUCUCGCUCCACGCAGCUCGGAAAGAACGGAUCCGGUUACAGUGAGCGUUGCUUCGAACAAACUUUCGGUGGUGCCUGCACUUGCUGGGCCCAUUCUUGCGCUCGAUCUGAGUGGCAAUAAUGUGUCGGAUCUGGGUGAUGGGUAUCAGUUCCGGUGGUAUCAACAAACGGAAGUUCUGGUGCUCAGGGACACCCUGUUGAGAAUUCUUCGCUCGACGAGCUUCACAUUUCUACCGCACCUGACACGGUUGGAGCUUAGUUCGAGUGUUUUGGUGCACAUCGAGGAGGAUGCUUUGCAGCGUGUUAAGUUGCAGCGGUUAGAAAUAAGCAACUCGCCAUUAAGAACCUUCCCACCUUUACUGCUUAAAGGGCAAACAAACCUUUCCCAUGUCUCAUUCACCAACAACGAACUUUCCAAUCUUGCGUCCAACUUCUUCGCUGACUGUCUGCGAUUGGAAGAUAUUAACCUUUCCUUCAAUAUGCUAGAAAUCGCCAACCCGGAUUGGUUCUUGGAGUUAGUGUUGCUUCAUUCCAUCAAUCUUGAAGGCAAUCGUAUCACCCAACUACAGCCUGAGCUGCUCUCCGCGGAACAUUCGCUCCAGUUCCUUUCGCUCGCAGGAAAUGCAAUACACUACAUCGCCGAUGCAGUUUUCCUCGCGGAUGUUCCAAUUAAGAUGCUUAACCUUUCCAACAAUCGCCACCUUCAGGACAUCGAUAUACUGCAGCGUAACGAGUUCAUCACCCAACUCGAUGUUUCCGGUAAUCGAUUGAACCGUUUGACUGUUCGCCCGCACUAUCGCAUCUUGAUAGCUAAUGCCAAUCAAAUUGCAUCACUUUCCCUGGACCACACCACGGAAUCCAAAUUUGGCCUCGAACACCUUCACCUGGCCGAUAAUCUGCUGGAGCAGCUCGAUCCGCGCAUUUUCGACCUGCAAACGAUUAGCGUGCUUAACGUAUCAGAAAACCGGCUAAACACAUUUCCAUUCGAGCAGAUUUACCAGCUGAAGCAACUGAGGACGCUAAUUGUGUCCAGAAAUAACAUACGCACGCUCCCAACGUUGGGUCAGGUGAAUCGGUUCAAGCUCGAGACGCUUGAUCUGUCGGAAAAUCCCCUCGAGGAACCGUUGGCGGAAAGCUUUCUGAGCUUGUGCGUGGUGCAAAAUCUAAUCGUUAGCGUAACGGAAUGA